AUGGCCACUCUCACAAUGACGCCGCCCACCCGUCAACCUUUUGCCAAUCUCGAUACGCCUCAGAUGCGAUCACUCAUGAGGUCCCGAUUGAAUCGUCAAACCCCACAGCUCGGCGUCUUCCACUCCGCGAAACCUCUCAGAUCAUCCUUCUUCAUUGAAGAUGCAGAGAACAUCGCUCCUUCCUCCCAUGGUUCUUCAGGGAAGCGCAAGCGUACCCUGGAAGACGAUGAUGGCAUCUCUGUGGAUUCCCCCAAGCCAAUGAAGUCUUUCCGGAUGGCCUUGUCCGUUCGCGACAUGAGCUUCUCCCCCCGUCUCUGCACACCCGCCAAGCUGUCUCUCUCAACUCCCAAAUCUGCUCCUGUGCUAAAACCCGCCGGUCGCUCACCUCCGCCCAAGUCUUCCCUGUCCGCCCGGCGGUCGACCAUCGCCAAGGCCCGGCCAGAGCCUAGCAGACGCGCUGGAGUCACUCGUCCGUUCUCCUUGGCCAAGGCUCUCUCCCAUGGGAAGAUCAAGGCCCCUGCGCCGCCUCAGCCCAAAGGUCCGGACUCGUGGUUUUUCGACAUCCAUGUGGACUCGGAGCAGGAGGAGAUGACCAACCUGAUGCAGCACUCAACUGGUGUUUUGGACAUCAGUGACGAUGAGAGCAAGGCCUCUCCCGUUGACGACCGAGGCAAGGAGAAUGUUCCUCCUACGGAAUCGGGCCUUGAGCUGGCUGCCCUUCCGGCAGCCAUGUCAUCUGCGACAGUAGUUCGGAACCUGGCCAAGAUUGACGAUGAUCGGGCACCUCUGGGGGAGCUCAAUGCAGCGGACUAUUACCCAGAUGGCUGCAAUGCCUUCUCCGUUGAAGUUGUCCACGACGACGAAGUGUCCGAGACUGCUGUCCCCAUCAAAACUUCCCCACUCUCACAGUCCCCGUUGGCGUCGUCUGUUGUCACUGACGCUAUCACCUCUGCAAUGGAAGAUGGGACCCCGAACGAGGGACAUGAUAUCGGAGACGUGAUACACAAGGUGCAAGAGCACUCGCCUGUUGGGGCGGAUGCUGCAGAGCAGUAG